AUGGCGGGAGCCGUGUCUGCACUUUUCAUUCUCGAUAUCAAGGGACGUUGCUUGAUCAGUCGUCACUAUCGUGGUGAUAUUUCAUCUGUUGAAGCCGAGAGGUUCUUCACCAAGCUCCUUGAGAAAGAGGAGGACAUAGAGUCUCAAGGUCCAAUAGUUUAUGACAAUGGUGUCUCUCAUGUGUUCUUUCAACACAACAAUGUCUACUUGAUGGCAGUAUCAAGGCAGAACUGUAAUGUUGCUAGCCUCAUUGUAUUUCUCCACCGGUUAGCAAAUGUUUUUGAGUAUUAUUUUGAAGAGUUGGAAGAAGAAUCUCUCAGAGAUAACUUUGUUGUAGUUUAUGAAUUACUUGAUGAAAUGAUGGACUUUGGUUACCCACAAUAUACCGAAGCAACAAUUCUAAGUGAGUUUAUCAAGACAGAUGCUUAUAGGUUGGAAGUUACACAAAGGCCUCCAAUGGCUGUUACCAAUGCAGUCUCUUGGCGAAAUGAAGGGAUAUUUUACAAAAAGAAUGAAGUAUUCCUAGAUGUGGUUGAAAGUGUUAACAUACUAAUCAACAGUAACAGACAGAUACUUCGAUCAGAAGUUGUGGGGGCAUUGAAGAUGAGAACAUGUUUAAGUGGAAUGCCUGAAUGCAAGCUUGGGCUUAAUGAUAGACUUCUGAUGGAUGCUCAAGGUCGAACAACAGAAGGAAAAUCAAUUGAUUUGGAAGACGUUAGAUUUCAUCAGUGUGUACGACUCGCCCGCUUUGAAAGUGAUCGCACGAUAUCGUUUAUUCCUCCCGAUGGAUCAUUCGAUCUAAUGACAUAUAGACUCAAUACUCAGGUGAAACCUCUUAUUUGGAUCGAUGCUCAAGUUGAAAGGCAUGCGAGAAGUAGGGUCAUGCUUAUAAAAGCUAGAAGCCAAUUCAGGGAGCGAAGCAAUGCAACAAAUGUCCACAUUGACAUACCGGUGCCAUCCGAUGCUACGAAACCUAUUGUUAGGACAACGAUGGGAAGCGCUUCCUACGCUCCUGAACAUGAUUCGAUUGUAUGGAGGAUCAAAACCUUCCCCGGAGACAAGGUAUAUAUGUUAGGGGCCGAAUUUAAGCUCCCGAGUGUAACUUAUGAAGAUGGAACGACCGACAGAAAAGCUCCCAUACGCGUGAAGUUUGAAAUACCAUAUUUUACUGUAUCGGGGAUUCAGGUUCGUCAUCUGAAAGUAAUCGAAAAAAGUGCAUACCAGACACUACCAUGGGUGAGAUACAUAACAAUGGCCGGUGAAUAUGAGAUAAGACUAUAG